AUGUUCUCCAAUGACCAAGUGGCCGAAGUCUCCUUGGAAGCACCUGUCAAAACCUUGGAUGCGGUCCAGGGCGACAAGGUCGAUACGCGAUUCAUUGCUGGCUCUUGUUCGGUGCAAGAAGGCGAUACCAAUCAUUUAUUUGUGUUACGGUAUCAUAGAGAAGCCAAUCAAUUGGCCGUGGAUGCCAGGUUACCACACGAGACGGGGCCGGUUGCCAAAAUAUGCACAAGUCCUUCCGACAAGACGGUGGUGUUGACCUAUGCGGAAGACUCGACCGAAGCCACCUUGUGGAAAUUGCCGACAGAAGCCAUGAAUCGGAAUGACGACCUCGAUUUCGAUGAUGAUGCUGAUGAUGCUGAUGUGCCAUUGUCCACCGAAGCCAUGACGGUAUCUGCCAAGUUGGAAACGUCUUCUUCUAGACAAUUAGUGGAUAUGGUGUGGCGGUCCGUUUCCGACGAUGAACCCAGUGCCAUGGGCGAUGUCUUUACCAUGGAUCAAGCUGGAAACAUUUCACAAUGGGAUGUGGCCUUUGGAGCUGCCGAAUCCACUCGUCAAAUUGAGGCUAACAUUAAAGAUAGCAAAUGGAAUCUGCCUCCCAAAUUGGCCUGCGAUCCUCAUGAUCCAGAGGCCAUGGCGGUUGCUUCUGGAAGCCGUGUCCACAUGGUCGACUGGCGGACCCAAGAGACCGUGGCAGAUUUCAUGUGUCAUCAUCGCUAUGGAAUUACGGAUUUGGAUUUCAAUCCCAACAAGCCCCAUGUAUUAGGGACGGCAGGACAAGAUGGGUUGAUCAAAUUCUGGGAUUUACGGUCGUCCCGACAGCCUCUCAUGGUAUCCCGUGGUGGACACCGGCAUUGGGUCUCCCAAUUAAAAUACAAUCCCUUUCACGAUCAACUCUUGUUGAGUGCAGGGACUGAUUCGCUGGUCAACUUGUGGCGAUUCAGUACCAUCUCGAGUGCUCCCCUCUUGACCUUUGAUGAAGCAGAAGACCCAGCAGACACUGCAUCGGGACCCAAUGUGCGAGUGGCUCAGCAUGAGCAUUUGGAUUCGGUUUAUGCCACGGCGUGGGGUGCUUCGGAUGCUUGGGUCUAUGCUUCGGCGGGGUACGAUGGCAAGGUGGGGCUGUCGAAUGUGCCAAGUAAGGAAAAGUACAAGAUUCUAUUAUAG